UACUUUUUGAGAGUGAUGCUUAUUGGGCAUUUUAUCGUAAGUCCUGGAGAAAGUGCUUCAUGCUUGUUGGUAGGUAAGUUAACUGUUUUAGUAGCUGGAUUAACUCCUGUUGGGGAAGGUCCCAUUGCGAGCAUCCGAUUGCAAGAGGAGUACUGUGGCCCCUGCUGUUCCUCCCAGUGUUGUGUUCUUAUCUACAGUUUUCAGAAGCAAAUGAUGGAGUCUGUUGUUCGCCGCUGCCCAUUCCUCUCUCGAGUGUCUCACUCGUUCCUGCAGAAGGCUGGCCAGUCACUAAAAGUCUAUGCUCAGAGCUGCCCAGUGAUAAUGGACCUCGUCUCCAGGCCUGCUACACGUACCUUGGUCACCUCUGCUACCCACUGCCAACAGACCAAAGAGCCUGUCUCUGUAAAUGAGAAACCUACUGCCGUAGCUGCUAAACCAGAUGUCCAGGAUCGCCCACUGCCUAAGGGUCAUCCAGUCCCCCCUCCUGGCACAUCAGCUAGCAAGUGCCCAUUCCUGGCAGCUGAAAUGACCAAUGGGGUAAACAGUGGUGUUUUUCGCAAAGCCCGCAUAGAACUUCAGGAGGAUGUUCAUGAAAUGGAGACUGUGAGAGAAGAAUUUGCUGAAACCCCUUUGAAACCAUCCAUGGUGAAGACCAAGCCGGAAGGUCAGGGAAGCUUUUUGAAGAAAUUUCAGGAGAUUGUGUUCAAGCAGAAACCAGAAGGAGUCUCUCACCUUCUCCAGGAUAACAUGCCAAAAUCUGUACAUGCCUUCCAGUAUGACAAAUUCUUUGAGAAGAAAAUUGACGACAAGAAGAGAGACCACUCUUACAGAGUGUUUAAAACAGUGAACCGGCGUGCCGAUUGUUUUCCACUGGCUGACGACUACAGUGAUUCCUUGGUUACCAAAAAAGAGGUGUCUGUCUGGUGCAGUAAUGACUACCUUGGAAUGAGCCGCCACCCCCGUGUUGGUGCUGCCAUUGUAGAAACCCUGAAAAAUCAUGGUUCUGGAGCUGGUGGGACAAGAAACAUCUCUGGAACAAGUCGAUUCCACGUGGAGUUGGAGCAUGAACUAGCUGAUCUGCAUGACAAGGAUGCAGCACUACUCUUCUCAUCCUGUUUUGUGGCAAAUGAUUCAACACUUUUUACUUUGGCGAAAAUGUUGCCAGGCUGUGAGAUUUAUUCCGAUGCUGGUAACCAUGCAUCCAUGAUCCAGGGAAUCCGUAAUAGCCACGUUCCGAAGUACAUUUUCAGACACAAUGAUGCUGACCAUUUAAGGGAACUGCUUGCCAAGUCCAAUCCUUCAACACCCAAGAUUGUAGCCUUUGAAACUGUUCACUCUAUGGAUGGUGCGAUUUGCUCACUGGAGGAGAUGUGUGACAUCGCCCAUGAGUAUGGCGCCAUAACAUUUGUUGAUGAAGUUCAUGCUGUGGGGUUGUAUGGUGCUAGAGGAGGUGGAAUAGGGGACCGCGAUGGAGUGAUGCACAAGAUGGACAUCAUUUCUGGAACUCUCGGAAAAGCCUUUGGUUGUGUUGGCGGCUACAUUGCUAGUACAUCCUCGUUGAUAGACACUGUACGGUCGUAUGCUGCUGGCUUUAUAUUCACCACGUCUUUGCCACCGAUGCUUCUGGCUGGAGCUAUAGAAUCCGUCCGGAUCAUUAAGAGUGAGGAAGGAAGAGCGCUACGUCGGCAGCACCAGCGGAAUGUUAAACUCAUGAGGCAGAUGUUGAUGGAUGCCGGCCUUCCUGUGGUACAUUGCCCUAGUCACAUCAUUCCUAUCAGGGUUUCAGAUGCUGCAAAGAACAACCAGAUCUGUGAUACUUUAAUGAGUAGGUACAACAUCUAUGUCCAGGCGAUCAAUUACCCAACAGUCCCCCGUGGUGAAGAGCUGCUCCGCACUGCACCAACACCGCAUCAUAAUCCACAGAUGAUGAGCUACUUCCUUGAAAAACUGCUGCUCACUUGGAAGGAAGUGGGUUUGGAGCUCAACCCUCAUCCACUGACCGAAUGUAACUACUGCAGAAGACCCCUUCACUUUGAAGUCAUGAGUGAACGAGAGCGGUCCUAUUUUGAUGGCCUGAGUAAUUUGGUGUCAGUCAGUGCUUGACGAACUAUCUUGUAUUUGCACUGGACUUAAAUGCACCAUUUAUAUUACGAUUUCAAUGGAGAGCACUUUGUGUAAUUUGAAUCAAGUAAUAAAAUUAAAAAAAAAGCACUUAAA